UCUUGCCUUCUUGGCUGCCCCUCCCUCUCCCCGUCUUUGAAUCAGUGCUCCUCGGAGCUCCAGUCUCCUGCUAACCCUAGGCUCUCGCGUCCGCUCCCUCCCUCCCCUGCUACGCCGCGGCCUGUUGGUUCGCGCGUUGCAUGGGAAUUGUCGAUGCCGCUGCUCUUGUUUUGAUCUUGUCGUAAGGGUAUUUGAGCCUCUGUGUAUGCGAGGGGCAUAUGGGUUUUGUGGAGUCCGAUUUUUCUGAUCAUUUCAGCGGGAGUUAGGAGGGCGGGAAGUCUGGCGGACCAGGACGGGUCGGCGGCCAUGGACUCCGAUCAGGGCAAGCUGUUCAUCGGCGGCAUCUCUUGGGAGACGACGGAGGAGAAGCUGCGCGAUUACUUCAAGAGCUAUGGCGAGGUGGCGGAGACGGUGAUCAUGAAGGACCGCGCGACGGGGCGCGCGCGGGGGUUCGGGUUCGUGAUAUUCGCGGACCCGAGCGUGGCCGAUCGGGUGGCCGGCGAGAAGCACACCAUCGACGGAAGAACGGUGGAAGCGAAAAAAGCUGUGCCGAGAGACGAACAGCAGAGUAUACCUAGGAGCAACAGCGUGGGUGGCCAAGGGCCUGCAACAUCCCACACUAGGACAAAGAAGAUAUUUGUGGGGGGCUUAGCCUCGACAGUUACAGAGGAUGACUUCAAAAAGUAUUUCGAGCAGUUUGGUACUAUUACAGACGUGGUUGUUAUGUAUGACCACAAUACGCAAAGGCCUCGGGGGUUUGGCUUCAUCACUUUUGAUUCUGAGGAUGCAGUUGAGAACGUGAUCCAGAAGUCGUUCCACGAGCUGAACGACAAGAUGGUGGAGGUGAAGAAGGCGAUUCCGAAGGAGCUGUCGGCGGGGUCGGGGCGGGCUGGCGGGGGGUUCGGCGGAGGCGGUCGCGGCGGGGGCAACUACGGAUCGGGGUACAGCCAGGGAGGAUACGGGGGUGGGAGUCCGGGAGGAGGGAGCGGAUACGGGGGGCGCGGGGACAGCCGGUACGGGCCGACGCCGGCGUGUCGACCUAGUGUUAAAGUAAAGGCGGCAGGAUUUUGGCUGCAUGACCAUGGUCCAGAAAUGUGGAGCCACAGGCGGCGAGGAGCCGAUCGAGUGGUCGGAUGGGAAUGGAGUGACCUGCCAGUAGGUGUGGUGUAG